UCCCAUGAAAAAUUCGCCUUUUAUUUAUAUAAAAAAAAACGCAAUUACUUUUUGGCCAAGCCAAUAUUUUGAUUUUCUUUGUACAGAAUUCGCAGUCUGCGUUAUCUCCUCCUUUCUAUUAUGUGGCAUUUCUUACCUGAUCUAGAUCUCGGAUCAUAUAAUCGUACAUAUUGAUCGGCCGAUCUCGUUAUUAUCAUACGUGAUAAUGGCGAGUAAUCGAAAGUAAAGAUGUUAUUUUCAUCUCUUGUAGCUUAAUUCCCAAAUCUUUAUUGUAUGAUCAUAUCCGAUGAGCAUAUCAUACUGGGAAGAUCUUUAUGAAAAACGUCUUAUUUGUAGAAAGUAAACGUUAAUUUGUGUCAACAUUAACAUGAAAUAGAACAAAUUAUAUAUUUUCCAAAAUUAUUUUAACCCAAAAGAUAAUUAAAAUAUCUUAAUAAAAAAAUUGAAAAACUGUUUUAUUUAAACGCACACAAAGUGCGUAUUAGAUGUAUAAAUAAAUUUCCAUUAUUUUUAUUGAAAUUUGACAGACAUAUAAGGAAGCAACAUUAUUAAUUAAUUAAAAUACAUUCUCUUUGUAUCUACAAUUUUUAACCAACUAUUAGGAAAGAGAUGAAUUUUCCGACGAAAGAACCAGCUGUCUUUUCAAACAAUAAAUAUCAACUUAUUUUCGGAUCUUGGUCGGAUUUCGAAGAAGAGAGAAGAGAGAGCCGUGCUGCAUUGAUAUAAAUGCAGAAUAAAUGAUAGUCGGAAGGCGCAAUGUUUGGAGAAUACAUUGGAUCCUGCAGAACCUCCUAUUCGAGCUCCAUUAAAGCUUGUUGGAUCAGCAACACGUGACUGAGCACUGUCAUGAAGAAGAAUGACUUUACGACAUCCUUGACCAGUAAAUGGUUUCUUUAUCGAGAGGGUUCCGUUUGCCCUUUAGGCAAUCGGGAAUGUCGACAAUCGGAGCUGUAACGUUCCGCUGUGAUUGCUUCAUCUUGGAUUAAAAGUUCAUGAUGGAAUUUCUUUCAUAAUCCAUGAAGUACAAAAAAGAACUUUGUGGCCGUCUAGAAGAACGACCGUUACUAUUGAUUGACUAUUAAUUCAAUACUUUAAUUUUUGCAAUAUACAUAGGGAUCUAUCGUGCGUCGAGAGUUUACAUAAUAAAGGUUUGUGCAUACUAAUGUGUGUGUAUAUGUCUUUUGAAUAUUUCAAUGAUAUUAAGAGUUCACGCAUACAAUAAAAUUUACAUACAUCACAUAAGAUUAUUGAUGUAAUCCAAAAGAAAAAAUGAAUUGAAAAACCAGACCAGCAGGUAUAUAAGCACAUCUUCAGGUGUCAGGUACGUUCUUACUAUGAAAGUUCACUUCGAAACGUUAAAAAGAUUAGCGUCACGCGCCAGAUCUGCUCGUCAAGAUGUUUAGUCUUUAUCAUCUCUUAAGUAUCGUUUUCGUGUUGGUCCAGUUACAAUUGAAUGGAUGGCUAUCCUCGGCUCAAUCGCAUGACUCUUUAAUAGAUAUUUUGUCAAAUAUGGUCGACUUUAGUAUCGGGUCUCUGCAAUUCCUCAAUCAAAAUCAACGUUACAUAGACGAAGUGAGAAAUAUAAUUCCGCAACGCAAUGCCGUGUACGACUUUGUGGUGGUUGGCGCUGGCACGGCCGGCAUCACGGUGGCUGCUAGAUUGAGCGAGAUCCCAAACGUCAAGGUGUUGCUGAUCGAAGCUGGAUCGCACGAGAAUCUCUUCAUGAACAUUCCGUUAAUAACUAGUUUUCUUCAACUGGACAACAAUGUCACGUGGAAGUACCGAUCCAAGCCAUCCGACAGAUACUGUCUCGGUAUGAACGAUAAUAGAUGCAACUUGCCCAGGGGUAGGGUACUGGGUGGCAGUAGCGUGCUGAACUACAUGAUCGCGAGUAGGGGCAUUGCUGAAGAUUACGACCGCUGGGCUGAGAUGGGGAACGAAGGCUGGGCCUACAAGGACGUUCUCAAGUACUUCAAGAAGUUGGAAACGAUAGAUAUUCCCGGGCUGCGGAAUAGCAUCUAUCACGGUACACAGGGACCAGUGCACAUUUCCGGUACGUUCCACACGCCACUAAGCAGGGCUUUGAUCAAAGCCGCCCAGGAACUGGGAUAUCCACUUAUAGAUUACAACAAUGGCAAAAACAAGAUAGGCUUUUCAUAUGUGCAGGCCACAGUCAUGAAUGGCAGUCGCAUGAGCAGCAACAGGGCACAUCUGCAUUCUACGCAGAAUCGUAAUAAUCUUCACGUGACGCUCCAGAGUAUGGUGAGGAAAGUGCUAAUCGAUCGUGACACGAAUCGAGCAAUCGGCGUGGAAUUCGCAAAGUAUGAUAAAAUUAUCCGUGUAUUCGCAAGAAAAGAGGUCGUUCUGUGUGCCGGUGCUAUCGGGUCACCCCAGCUGCUGAUGCUGUCCGGCAUUGGACCGUCCGAUCGUCUGGCCGAGCUCGGCAUAGACCCUGUCUGGGAUGCGCCUGUCGGCGAGAAUCUGAUGGACCACGUAGGUUUCUUCGGUUUGACAUGGUCAGUGGACAAGCCAGUUGCCAUUACGUCAAGAGUUCUAAACCCUGCGCAACCAUAUUGGAAGGAAUAUCUGAUGAAACAAUCGGGAGUGUUUACAAUUCCGGGCUCGUGCGAAGUCAUCAGUUUCAUCGACACUAAACAUCCGGGAAACCAUAGUGGUCUACCGGACAUUGAACUACUUUUCAGUACCGCUUCGUUUAGAAGCUUCUCGAUGAUACCGCUUGUGACUGGCUUGAAUGAGCGAAUAUGUCAGAUGUGGAGUAAAUAUAUCGGCCAUUACGGCUGGAACAUACACCCGAUAUUGAUGAAACCGAAGAGUCGCGGCCGGAUAAGAUUACUGGCCAACGACGUUAAUGUCUAUCCCGAGAUUGAGCUGAAUUACUUCGAUGAUCCGGAGGACGUCAGAACAAUGAUUGCCGGCAUUAGAGCCGCGAUCAGAAUCGGCCAAACAAAAGCGAUGCAGGAGUUUGGUUCACGGUUGUUGAAUGACAUUCCUGGAUGCGAAAAAGACGUUUACGACUCCUACGAUUAUUGGGAGUGUGCAAUAAGGAUAUUGUCUUCAACGUACUAUCACAUGUCUGGUACCUGUAAAAUGGGACCAGGGGGAGAUCCAACUGCCGUCGUCGAUUCAAAAUUAAAGGUAAUCGGUGUCGAGAAAUUGAGAGUUGUAGAUGCAUCCAUUAUGCCCGAGAUUACAACAGGGCAUACAAACAUACCUACUUACAUGAUUGCCGAGAAAGCGGCAGAUAUGAUAAAGGAAGAAUGGGGAUAUCUCAAGAAAUCGUCGUAACAUAUGGUAGAUUAUAUUGGUCUAGGUUAUGUAUGAAUAGAGCGAAACGAAAAAGAUAAACUUUAUUAAAUUAGGCAGGAGCGGCGCGCCUAGCAAUCUCGAUCGCUAGGCGGUCGCAUCUCUCGUUCUCUUCUUAUGCUUCCCCAUCUUACCGCUAUGCAAUCUGGUAAAUUCUAGGAAAUUAUUUACAUUAUAUAAGUAUUGUUCCCUAGCAUUAUUUCUAACUAGUGAAUUUGAUUGGCUGCCCAAAAGUUUUUACAAAAUGCUUAUGCUUACAAAAUACUAUAUUGCCCUUGGAUAAUAUAGAAACGUUAAUAAUGAUAAAAAAAUCCUAAAACACAAAUAAUCUAAGAGAUUAUCUCUCCAUGUAAGUAUAAUAUUAUGAAUAUCAAGCUGGUAUUCACAAAUCAUUUUUACAAUAAAGUCGUUUUCAAUAUGAUCUUAAGAUUAGCCAAUUUUAUCUAAGAUUAGCCAAUCAGACAGCUGUGUUAGUAACAAAAGAUACACAAGCGUAUAUAUAUGAUACAAAAGAUACACUAGAGUGCGUUAAGCCUUGUGUCCAUGAUGCUAGAAAUCGAUCCAAGAUCUCGAUCCGAGAAUUGUGUAGCCAAUCAACUUGUAGCUUUUAUGGCCACACAUUGGAGGGGAUACGCAACAAGCGAGCAACCAACCGCACUUCGGCCGCCGAAGUGUAGUGCAUAUACGUACACGGUUGCUCGCUUGUGUACGUAUCCCCUCCAUACGCUGUAGCAUGCUGUGCCAUGAUAGCAGUGCCAGUAUCAGUUCUCGCGGCACCUUCUUUAGUUAAGCACAUUCUUGCAUGAAGUGGCACGAAGUUUUUAAGGCAAAAUGUCGAGGUAUUUUUAUACACAUAAAUAGUCUUUUACAAAUAUUCGAAAUAUUUCGAAUGCACAUUCUUUCAUUGUUACAAUUUUAAUAAUGCUUGUUUGCAUCGUCCUUGUAUUCUUGUAAAUCGUAAUUUUUUGUUCAGUUCUGUUUGUUUUUGGAUUUCUUUAUUCGUGAUGCAUGACCACGUUGCGUAGUUCAUAUUUAUACUAUACAAUAUUGUGUAAGCUGUAGUUCCAAAUAUUAUAUCGGUUGUAGUUCCAAAUUGUUAAAAUUUCUUAUGCUUUAAAACAUUUUUUCUUUCUUUUUAUUUGAAAGAAGGAAAAGGAUAGAAAGU